AUGGUGGCCUCUGUUGGUCUGUCGUCGUCUUUCCUCUUCUCUCAUCCUUGGUGGUUUCUGGCGCUCUUGGGUAUCCUACUUGUGGCCUUCCUGAUAUCAAGACGGCAUCUUCGGGUCUCGACAAGCGACGGCAGUCGCGUACACCUGAAACGUGAAGCUCGUUUAGGUCCCUUCAAUCCCUGGAGGCAAUUAGUUGGACAGGGACGGGAAUACUUGGCAAGACUCCGCACCCCUCAGAGCAGCAUUGAAAAGGACCCAAGUUCCACAGGCACCUCUGACCUCGACCCCGACGAGAUGCCCCACCGUAGACCUCCCCGUCAUAUCCGUAAAAGACUGGCUGCUGCCGCUGCUGCUGCCGCCGGGGCGACGACGGUGGUCACUGAAGACAUCGAGAAGUCCACGAAAUCGAAACAACUUUUCGAUAUGUUCCUUGUGCUUGAUAUCGAGGGCACUUGUGACCAAGGCAGUGACUUGGACUUUCCUAACGAAAUCAUUGAGUUUCCAGUAUGCCUCCUGACUUGGAACGACAAGGGACAAGACAUGUCAGCGAGUGAGCUGGAGGUCAUCGACGAGUUUCGCAGCUUUGUACGACCGACAUGGCGCCCAGUAUUGACCGACUUUUGCAAGGACUUAACGGGCAUCACGCAGGAGCAAGUCGACAGCGCGCCGACCUUCCCGGAAGUCCUCGCACAAUUCGAAGCUUUCAUAAAGAAAAAUGGAUUGAUCAACGACGAGGGCGAACCCCUUGUAAGGUUCUGCUGGUGCACCGACGGCCCAUUCGACAUUCAGAAUUUCAUCAUCAAGCAGUGUUUCAUUUCAAAGCUCCCUUUGCCCUGGUGGCUGAAAGGGAACGUCCUCGAUGUUCGCACUCUCGUCCAACACUACGUCGCGAAACAGACGCGAUCGAAUCACGGGCACCGUGGCCGUAGCAACGUGACAGUUCCGUCCCGGAGAUCACUCAACAUCCCGGCUCAGUUGAAGGUCCUUGAGCUGCAAGAGUUUCAAGGCCGCCAACACAGUGGGAUAGAUGACACGCGAAAUAUUGCGAGAAUUCUUGUCGAGUUGGGGAAGAGGGGCGUCCACCUACUUCCUAAUACCGCUAUCCAGCCUCAACGGAGGUGGCCGUGGAUGGGGAAAAGAGGCCGAAUCUUGGAGGAGUUUCUCAAGUGA